UGCCUGAUAUCCCACCAAUGAGAAGUCAUGACGUACUAAAGGGCUGGGUAUGGUAUAUAAGGGGGGUUCGGACCCUUCAGUCCAUUGUCUCGCUUAUCCCAGUGUUUAGAGGUCUGUUGGAGUGACGCGGCUCACAAGUUAUCCACCAUGGGGGACAGGCCAGAUCUUGGUGAGAUCGAUAAGUUUGAUAAAACCAAAUUGAAGAAAACUGAGACUCAAGAAAAGAAUACAUUACCAACAAAAGAGACAAUUGAACAAGAAAAAAAGAAUUAGGAGUCCACAAUUCAUGGGAAAUUUCUUGAUGUAAUGUUUGAUCUUGGAUCAAUCUACACUGUGAAAGGAAGCCACAGCAUUGGACCUUGGAAUGCCAAAAAUAAAGGGAAUGUGUGUAAACUUGUCUUCCCUCUUGUUAAUGUAUUUGAUUAAACAAAUUGUGCAAUAAA